GAUUCUGGAGAUGCGCAAGGAGAAGAGCCGCGAUGCGGCCCGAUCUCGCCGCGGCAAGGAGAACCACGAGUUCUACGAACUGGCCAAGAUGCUCCCGCUCCCGGCCGCCAUCACUUCGCAACUAGACAAGGCCUCCAUCAUUCGACUGACCAUCAGCUACCUGAAGCUGCGCGAGUUUUCCCAGCUGGGCGACCCCUCCUGGAGCAAUGCCCUCAGCAGCCUCAAUGCGCUCAAGUGCAAAGCCAACACGAACGUGUUUGAGAGUCACCAAGGGACGCACAUUCUGCAGUCGCUGGACGGCUUUGCCUUUGCUCUCGGCCAGGACGGCCGCUUCCUCUACAUCUCCGAGACGGUUUCCAUCUACUUGGGCCUUAGUCAGGUGGAGAUGACAGGCUCAAGUAUCUUCGAUUACACUCACCAGCAGGACCACGCUGAGCUGGCAGAGCAGCUGGGCCUGAGCAGUCAAGUGGGCUCCAGUGGCAGCGGUCAUCACCCCCAUCACCCUCCUCAAGCUCACUCCUCGCAUUCAUCUCACUCCCAUCAUUCCCAUCACCACCACCACAGCACCUCGUCCCCUCUGCCACCGGGCAGCGUCUCCUCGUCUGCCUCCAACGAAUCGGACAGUACUAGCCAUCACCACCAGUACGGCAACGGAGUGGGCACCAUAUGCGUGUCCGGAGCGGGUGACACCCUGGAGCGGCAGUUCUGCAUGCGCAUGAAGUCGACGCUGACCAAAAGAGGGUGUCAGCACUUCAAGUCCAGUGGAUAUCGGUCCUCCUCGGCGACCUCCACCUCCUCAUCCUCUGCUGCCUCUGCCUCUGCGAACACCAAAAUCAUCGGUCUGGUGGCCAUUGCCAUUGCCCUGCCGCCGCCCUCCAUCAAUGAGCUCCGCCUGGAGCCAGACAUGUUCGUCACCAGGCACAGCUUGGACUUUAAGAUUAUCCACUGCGAACAGAGAGUGACCGAUCUGCUGAACUACAGUCCGGAUGAACUAGUCGGCCGGAGCAUCUACUCGCUGAUUCACGGCCAGGACGUGGUCCUCCUCAAGAAGUGCCACCUCGACUUGAUCCACAAGGGCCAGGCCAUGUCGGGCUACUACCGAGUGGUGAACAAGACCGGUGGCUACACNAGCAGCAAUUCACCGGCCAGUGCCGCCAAUGUCAAUGGAGCGGCCAAGGCGGCGGCAGCGGCUGCUGCUGCUGGCACUUCUAAUGCUGGUGGCAGGGCAACUCCCGUUUCUUGUUCAGGUGGUGGUGCCAGCACGCCUAUUCCCGGCAAUGCGACGCCCAAUUCGGUGGCAGGAGGAAAUGGUGGCAGUAGUGGUGGUGGUAGUGGUGCUCACGAUGACCAAGAUCAAAGUGUGAUCUGCGUCAAUUACGUGCUAAGUGCAAUCGAGUACACGAACGUCAUCAUGGACGCCUGUCAGCUGGGCAGUGGCAAGCUGGCGAUGCUCAGCCAUGCAGCUGGACCACUGAGCAGCUGCACCACCUCCAAUUCAUCCUCUUCCAAUUCCAACUCGUCCUCAUCAGUGUCCACAAAUCGUGCCAGUAGUCCGGGCAAGGCUGCACACGGCUUGUCGGCUAGGUCUGCGGCACUGCAGCUGAAGAAGCAACAACAACAACAGCAACAGCAGCAAUCCCAUCACAGCUCGAGCACUCCUUCUCCAGAAAGGAAACUGCAGCUGAACAGCUCGCCCUCUCACCAGCACAGCAGUGCCAACAACAACAACAACUCUCGAAGUCCUCGAAUAGUGCAACAGCAGUGUCACUCGCCACUGGACCACCGGCUAGGGCCCGAACAGCAGCAGGGCAAUCCAAACAGCAAUGGCAGUGGUCACCUGAAGCGACGUCGUCUCAACUCUAGUCCA